GCAUUCCUGACAGCUGCGUCACACGUUCACAAAUAGUCUUAUUUUACGUCGAGUUUGCUUUAAUAAGGUCCUGGAUUAUGCACCGAACUAUGUUUAAAUUGGAUACCUUCCAUCAACUCUGAAUUUAAUGUUGUUUCAGGGGCUUGUCUACCCGCACGUCGCUUGUACAAUUUCCAGCUGAACUCUCAUUUGUCCACACUGGCCAGUAUCCACAAGAUCUACCACACCCUGCACAGGCUGAACCUGACUGAAGACGUCAGCCCAGAGACUCAAGGUACAGCCUGCUGCUCCAGAGCCAUGCCCCCCAGGAAAAAGAGGAGACCCACUGCUGGAGAUGACCUGUCUGCUAAGAAGAGCCGGCAGGAUAAUGUUUACAGAAAACAGGAGACAUUGCAAAUCCAGGAAGCCGAAGCUUUUUCUAGCAAGAGAUGCCUAGAAUGGUUCUACGAAUACGCAGGGUGCGAUGACGUUGUUGGACCGGAGGGGAUGGAGAAAUUCUGUGAAGACAUUGGAGUGGAGCCAGAGAACGUAGUGAUGCUGGUAUUGGCCUGGAAGCUUGAUGCCCAGAGUAUGGGUUACUUCACUUUACAGGAGUGGCUCAAGGGAAUGGGCUCAUUGCAAUGUGACUCUACUGAAAAACUCAGGAACUCUCUAGACUACCUGAGGUCUGUCCUCAAUGAUGCCACCAGUUUCAAGCUCAUUUACCGAUAUGCCUUCGACUUUGCCAGGGAGAAGGAUCAGAGGAGUUUAGACUUGAAUACUGCCAAGUGCAUGCUGGGACUUCUGCUUGGCAAGACCUGGCCAUUGUUUCCAGUGUUUAACCAGUUUCUAGAACAAUCGAAGUAUAAGGUUAUAAAUAAAGAUCAAUGGUGCAAUGUUCUAGAAUUCAGUAGGACUAUCAACCUUGAUCUCAGUAACUAUGAUGAGGACGGGGCCUGGCCAGUGCUUUUGGACGAGUUUGUGGAGUGGUAUAAAGACCGAGAGAUGUCGUAGCGACAGCUUCCCCAUGCCUACCACCAUCACCAACUAGAUAGACCAACUAAUCGCCAACAAUCACCAUGACAAUGACGACAGAAACGGCUUUGAUACAAACAUCUAGAAAACAAAGUACAAAUCAAAACUGAAGUGUUUGGGACAGACUGAUGGUGGCCCCUGGCGCUGAGGGCUUGAGUGUUCAUGUAGAAUGUAAUUAUCAAUGCACAUGUUUGUAUGUCGCCCUUUAAGCCGGGGCCAUAGGAGGGUCACUGGUGGUUGUGUGUUGGAGAAACAGCACCUCACCGACUCCACCUUAUGUCCCCCAUAACCCACAAUGCAUUGUGGGUAAGCACACGGCCAGUCUUGGUGCCGCCUUCCCACCCCACUGUGAUGUUUCAUAUAGCUGUGAAUGUUUCAAUAGGAUCUUCUAAGGAGGAUGAAUUUGGAUUCUCCACAAGGCAGGGUAGGUAAAAACUCCCAUACUGUCUGAAGUUUAGGUAAUUUAGGCCUGUAAGGAAAGGAAAAAGAAGAACUUGCAUGGCUUUUUACUGAAGGUCAGUGACUUAAUGCUAAGGUUCACAAUGGAAAUAGCUUACCGUGUCGCUCUGCUGAUGAUGGUGGUCCAAACACUGUUUACUACGGUUUUUAUGUUGGAGGAUGAUGACAGUCAGAGCAUGUUACCAUAGAUACACCGCAACCUUUGCCAUAAGUUUUAUUUUUACCAGUCUCACUGCACUUGGAUGCCAUUUAAUAAACUGCACCACAUGCAAGAGUUUCAUAGACAUUCUGCUCUAAGUACUUCCAGUGGUGUUGUAUCAUUAUCUAUUUCACCACUUACAUUCUUGAUAUUGAUUAUGAAAUCAACAAGAACAGCUUUACUGUUCACAACAUGAAGAACAGUGAGUUAAACUUAUCAUGAGCGUAGAGCCCGGUAUCUUUUUCCUGGCUCGCAUGACCAUUGUGUAUUCACACUGCAAUGGCAAGAUAUGGCCAUCUUGUAGAGGAGUGUAAGCAGGUUAAAGUGACUAUGGGAUGCAUUCACUAUAUCAUUUCAUUCUUAAGCAAUGUAACUUUACUGUGCAUGUCACAGUUAAAAUUACAGGAUGUGGAUCUGAGGCAGAGACGAUGAGAGAAAGCUGUUAAAGUGCACUUUUGAUUUCUGUGAUGAAUUGCCACAAAAAUAUAUAAACCGGUAUCCUGCCCUAAACACUGACACUUCUUUGGCCACUUCCUCUUCCACAGAUUUUGUGGUCAAGUAUGAUCACCUUAACCCAUAGUGACCAAUGCCUAGCAACUAUUUAACGUUCUAGUUAUGUUUGUAAAACUAUUGAGUUUUGUCUAUGGCUGUGGCGUGAAGCUAACUUGUCAUUUGAACAAGAAAAAAAAAUGCAUGCAUGCAUUCUGCAAUUAGAGCCGUCUUCGUGAAUGAAUGAGGUUUUUUCUUUUUGUACUUUUUUUGCUCUUGUUUUAUUUUUUUGUAUAGGUAUUUGUAGAAGUGGACUUUUUUGUGCUUAAUUUGGGUAUCCGCGGUCAUGCAGUCUUAACGCUUUAUGAAAAACAUGAUUGUGUGAUGGUAUUUAGAGCUUAAACACACUUGUAACCUCAUCUGUUGAGAUGUUCUUCUCUGCAUUGCCUUCUCCAUCAAGUGCUAAACUACCAUGUGCAUAAUUGACUGCAGCAUUUCAGUAUACAGGAACUGCAGUUUCAUGUAAACAUAUUCAUUUUAUGUUUAUGUCAUACAGAGACAGACAAAAACAUUAACUUUAUUAAAGUUUACUUAGGGUAAAAAAAAAGUUUUCUGCUUACAGGACAUUUUUGUUCUGUUUUAGGAUUUUUUCCCACUACUUUUUUUCUGAAAGAUGAAGGUUGCUCACAAUAAAUUAUCAUGUAUUCAACCAGCAUCUAAGAAGCCAACAGUCUAUGUAUGCUGUGCAUGCUGGCCAGAAUCCAUUUGAAAAAUGUCUACAGACACUUGUUAUAAUCCCAUUCAUCUGCACCUGUUUGUGCCGGAGGGAAAUACUUGUUUUAAAAUUAAUUAUUUCAACAGAUAGACAAGUUCCCUGUAUUAUGGCUGUUGCUUUUGUUGGGGAGUAUGUAAUGCAGAGGGCCGAGCAUUCUCUUCUGACUGUACAUAUGUAUGGAUGUGUGUGUAUAUAUGUGUUUGUUUUCACUGUAACCUCUCUACAUUCAGUAUAUAUAAAGGGGUUUAUUAACGAAA